AUGUGCAAGAUAUUCGUAAUAUUCGCCCUGGCCAGUCUGGUCGCCGGCAAAGGCCAAAGGUAUGGCAACAAUUCGUCCACCAGGGAUGUCAGUUUCGCGGAAAAGGGUGACCCUCUGAGCACAGCCAUGAGCAUCCUCACCAGAGGAAUGGACGGCAAGAAGAAGGAAAACUACGGCGGAGGAAACAUUGGAGCCUACUACAACUUUAUGUUCCCAGAGAAUGAUGACUACCCCUGGGCAUGUCCGUGCAACCCUCAGGAUGUGAUCCUCUACAACAAAAAGGAACAGCCAUAUGCCCGUUGCCUUAACCAGGAGGAUUUGUCCUUUCAGGAUAUCCAGGCAAACUGCGACCCUACCAAUGUCACAGUAAAUCAAGAGUUUUAA